ACGUUACAGUGACGUGUAAAACAACGUCCAAUCACAGCUCGAGCUUUUUCUCCGGAGAAGUUUGAAAAUUCCGUGUGGCCGCUAACUGAGUGCAGUCAAUCUAUGUUUAUGUUUGUUAAAUUUCAUUGAUCUCCAAUAGAUUUCGUAACAUACAACAUGCCUGGACACCGUUUCCAUACCGAUCAAUUUAGGAAAAAUGACGAUGUGUUCAGAAACACGAUGGAGUCUAUUUUUCAGAAGUAUUCCGUUCUAAAUGAUCCUGGAAUAGAUGUUUGUUUGAAAACAAUGACAUGCAGGACUGGAAGAGGUUCUGUGCCCAUUGAAAGUGAAGAGGGAGAACGUGAGCUGGAAAACCUGAAGCUUCAGGUCAAGGCAAACCAUUCGAUCAGGGAGGACUUUGAGAACCAGGAAAAUGACCAGAUGGAACUGUCAGGGAUCACUGAAGAUAAUUAUCCCUACUCUGAUCAGAAGGAAAACAAUGAAAGUCUGUGUCAUGGUGGUGAUUCACUCCAGCAAUCUAUGAGUGUGAUUAAUUCAUCUCAUAGCUCUCUGUUGGGAGUGACUUUUCAGCCUAUGAAAGAUGAUGAAGAACUGGAGAAAACAUUGAGCAGUCAUGGCAGUACCCUCCUGGAUGUCUAUCCGGGCAUGCUCAGUCAGAUCGGUGAAGCGUACCGACGUCAGCAUGUGACGGAUACAGCAAGAGCCGUGCUGCAGAAGUACCGUCGCAAACAGUGGCAUGCUGGAGUGUCAAACCCUCGCGUUACUUCCUUAAGGAACAGGACACUAAUCAAGACAACUGAGAUGUCAUUUACCAAACAAAGUUCAGUUCAAGAAAACCUUCAAAAUUGUAUCCAGGACAGCGGCAAACUUCAUAACUUCAAGAAACUGAAGCCCUCGCCUUUCAAAAAUGCAUCCUAUGAGGCCAGUGCCUGUUUUUACUCACCUAGGAGGGACAAUGCCAAUGUGAGCGGAAUGUCAAAUGAGUCACCACGGACUGAACUGCGUUUAGACAGGAAGCCAGAACAGAAUACCGCUCGUGUGAUUGACUUCUCCACAACUCCUCACUCUGUUUCACCCUCACUUAGUGAUCAGUUUCUUGAUCUGAACCAAACUUAUGACGUUGAACUGACUGUUUUGUCAACUGAUGUUCCACCCUCAUUGGUCUCCACCUGUCCACAACCAGCCUGGUACUCACCGGGCAGAACAGCUAGGGCUCUGUCUCUUAUUGAGCAGAGAAGGAUGUCACUAACAACACGGCCCUCCGAUCAGCAGUCAUCCCACACCUCAUUGGAUAAAGACUGCUUCAGGGACGGCCUACACUCUCCUGUCUCCUCCCCACAGCGUGGUUUCAGUUGUUUAUCUCCUAGUAGGAUGAGCAUUUUCAAACCUGUGUCAAUGGAAAGACAACAGUCAAUGGCAGUACACAAUUCAAUGCGAAAGUCUCCUGCCCACUGUCAAGUUCAUUCGGAGGUGCAGAGAUCUCCAUAUGGCCAAAAAGACAAGGCGAUGUCUUCACCCCAACGUUCCCUUUAUCACCGUCCAGAGCCACAACAAAGUUUUUCCAUGGCUCAAAAGCAAACCCAGAUUAGUCCAAGAUUGUCCGAACAUCAGCGUUCUCUCCCAGGUCCCAAGUCUGCUUGCUUAUCCAGUCGUUCCCAUAUUGACGCAGAGUUCAGAAAGCUACAUCACCACUUCAUCUGUCACGGAACGUCUUCUCCAUGCCCUUCCUCUGGCUGUCACCUGUGCAAGAACGAGCUAAAGAUGACGUCCCAAAGCAUGUCCGCUCUUGCUUUAACACCCCUAAAAAUUGCGCUCAAGAAACGUCGUCGUCAACCUGACGUGGAAGAGUCACUGCGAUUCAAACGCUUCCGGGAGAGUUGUUCCCCCGUUAAACACGUCCAACGCUUGCCACAUGAGCUGAAAGACGAAUACGUGAGCCCUUCCAUUGCAGAACCUGGUAAAGACAGGCAUACAUGGGAAAGGGCCAUCUUGUUACAGUGCCCCAGUCCACAGUUCCUCAGGGGUACAGGAAAUCUUAGACGAAUCAGAGAGUCCAAAUUAGCCAUGCAAAUGGACGAAAGUGCUUCGUCCUGGAGAGAUGUUUCAAGUGGAGUCCAUGAUAUUAAAGCUCAGUCACCACUGAGAUCUUUUAAUCGGGGUAUGACUCCACUCUCUGCGAGUCUUUCAAGGAGGCGACUCCAGUAUGGCCUUCUGCAGUGACUGAGUUUAUCCUGUACACACAUCUGCAAUUCUCUGGGUUUAACCAUUGAUGAAUACUGUUAAAGCUUCAAGUU